UCUGAGCGUAACACGCAUGCGCAAAGAAGCAACACCAUACCACAUUCCCCGCUUCUCUCGUAGCUUCCUUCUCGCAGUCAAACAUCCAGGAGCAAGUUGACUGAUUCAUACCCCUUGCACGAUCGUCUGAAUAAAUGUACUUACAUUUCUCUUACAAUCUUUACGAGGAGUAAGGUUCUGAUCGUGGAGCUCCAUUAAAUUCCCGAUCGUGUACAAUAGAUGCUAAUUUCCUCACCAUGGCAACAGAGGAUAAGAAACCAGAGACUGAUACAAAACCUCCAGUUGUGCCAUCAGCUUCCGCCAGUCAAAGCAAGUCUGCACCUGCCAAGCCAAACUACAGCCUGAAAUUCACACUAGCGGGCCACACUAAGGCUGUCUCCUCUGUCAAGUUCAGUCCCAGUGGAGAGUGGCUUGCCAGCUCAUCUGCUGAUAAACUCAUCAAAAUCUGGGGAGCAUAUGACGGCAAGUUUGAGAAAACCAUAUCUGGACAUAAACUUGGCAUAUCCGAUGUGGCCUGGUCCUCUGACUCCAACCUCUUGGUGUCCGCGUCAGAUGACAAAACCCUGAAGAUCUGGGACGUCAGCUCGGGAAAAUGCCUAAAGACACUGAAAGGCCACAGUAACUACGUCUUCUGCUGCAACUUCAACCCCCAGUCCAAUCUUAUCGUGUCAGGAUCGUUUGAUGAGAGUGUAAGGAUAUGGGACGUGAAGACUGGGAAAUGUUUGAAAACAUUGCCGGCUCAUUCUGAUCCUGUCUCUGCUGUUCACUUCAACAGAGACGGCUCCCUGAUUGUGUCCAGUAGCUAUGACGGCCUUUGCCGAAUCUGGGACACCGCAUCGGGGCAGUGUUUAAAGACACUCAUAGACGAUGACAACCCUCCUGUGUCAUUUGUGAAGUUCUCCCCCAACGGAAAAUACAUCCUGGCUGCUACACUGGAUAACACGCUGAAGCUGUGGGACUACAGUAAAGGAAAGUGCUUGAAAACGUACACGGGCCAUAAAAACGAGAAGUACUGCAUAUUUGCAAAUUUCUCUGUCACUGGUGGAAAGUGGAUCGUGUCGGGCUCAGAGGACAACAUGGUUUAUAUCUGGAACCUGCAGACGAAGGAGAUUGUGCAGAAACUCCAGGGCCACACAGACGUCGUCAUUUCGACUGCCUGCCACCCGACAGAGAACAUCAUCGCAUCUGCGGCUUUAGAAAAUGACAAAACCAUCAAGCUAUGGAAAAGCGACUGCUAAGCCCUCUUGGAUCUUUUGGGCCAUUCACAUUUCUUUUUUUUUUUUCCCCUUUCUUUUUUUCUCCUACAUUUUGUUGUAAGAAAAGAGGACUUUUUUUCUAACAGAGAGCUCCUGCUGGAUGCAGACAGCUUUCAGGUAAUGAAAGCCAGCAAGGAGAGCCAAAUGAUGAGACACAGCGGCCACGCACAGUAACAGCCGAGGCAGUCCUGCAGUGGACGCAUUCCCCUCGUCACAUCGGAGAUAUUUCAUCUGCCUUUUCACCAUGUGCCAGAUUUUGUCGUCUCAUAAGGGAAAUGCGUGACUUUUGUUAUACUUUACAACAAUGCUCCGGUGCUUCAGUAUUUUUAACGCUGCUUUAACCUUGAUGUCACUGCUUCAAACCAGUUCCCACACACUAAUUUCUGGUCUUGUACAAUAAAUAUAAUAGUCAUUUGGC